AUGUCAGAUACCAAUUCAGAUAUCAAUAAUAUCUCUGUGGCUCAAACACCUAGAGAUAAGUCCAUAUCCAAUAACCAUAAGUCUGUCCAAACAAAUAAGAACAAUGGAAAGGCUAAACCUAAGAACCAACAAAUGUCUACCCAACCAAAGAAGAAUAGAGGAAAGACUGUUAACAGGCAUGGUACCAACCCUGGAAGUAAUCGCGAACUCUCCAAAGACCAUAGUCCUAAGACACCAGCAAUGGCAGGUCAGUCGAGCACACGACCUAUUACCAAUAGAUCCACACUAUAUGUUCGACAGGUUGUAAGAUCAGUAGCACUUAUUCAUGAUCGUAAGUGGCCAAAGAUAAAUAAUACAUUGGAUGAAGUCAUCAACGAAUCCCGUCCAACCGAUGGUAAACUAAGAAUCUUUGUUAAAGAUUAA